CAUGCGCACUUCUUGUCGUUUUCCGGUUCGCCAUCUUGUGUUUCCAAGUGAACUAAAUGAGCGAAUCCAAAGGCGUCUGUAUUCAUUGCAACACAUGGUUAUUCGUUUCUCUGACCUCUGAGAAAUAUACUGGAUUGUGCAGCUUACUCUGAUGUGGUUUUAGCGCUGUUGUUUUCUGUAUAAGUGGACAGACUAGACACCCUCUGACAUCCUGGAACUUUAAUGCGAAGAAGGGGAGGUCCUCCCCAAUGGGGAUCACGCAACAGGUCGCAUCCUCCCUCACCACAACCACCACCUGAAUAUUAUGACAGGAUUGAUCACCCACCACCUCCUCCCUCAGGAAGGGCACCACCUAGAUUUCGGGAUGAUCCACAUUUAUCAAGACCUCCUCCUUGGAUAAGAGACAAGUUUGAUGGUCCACCCAGACAUCCACCAUGGGCAGAUGAUUACUCUCCUCCACAACGCUGCCCGCCACCUGGUUGGUCAGCUCCUCAGGACCCACGUCCUCCUUCAUUUAUUGAUGAUGGUCCAUCCAGAACCCUCCCAUGGAAAAGUGACUCGCCCCCACAUCAUCCACCCUUUCCUCCAUUCAAUGAUGAUGAUCCUCAAAGAACCCCACCGUGGAAAAGUGACUCUCCACCUCGUCCUGCUCCACAAUCUUCAUUUGCUGAUGAUGACUUUGAUAUUCCUCCUCCCCCUCCUCCUCCUUAUCUUCCAAAUAGACCACCUAGAGGAAGAAGGAGAGCUGGACGUGGUGGCAUUCCUGGUAGAGGAUCACUCAGUGGAAGGGGUGAGGCUCCUAAAAGAAGAGCUAUGAUUACAAGAGGUACAAAUCAAGCAAAGGGUGCCAUGAUGAGGGGUGUAAAUAAUAGAAGAGGGUCUUCUCCAGCCCCAAGGGGUAGGGGUGCAGCCAUUACAACUAGGGGAGCUCAAAGUGCAGCAAGGGGUAUGCCUAUCACACGAGGACAGACUAGGGGCAGAACCAAUGGAUUUAGAGGAGCAGCAAUGGGUACUCUUACAUAUAGAGGAGGAAUAUGUGUCUCCAAUAUUAAUGGUAAUGCAGACAGUAAAGAGGAUAUAUCAGGACUGUCAGAUGAUACUAGCAAAGGAUUGGCCAAAUGGCUGAAUGCUAUCAGGAAUGGGAAGUUAGAUACAGAAUGCCAAACCUCAACAGAGGCUGCUGGAAACAACAUUAAUGCAGCAUUGCCACAGAAACAAGAUUUUCAAUCAACAAAUACAGAUGCAAAGACUGGAAAAGGGAAUAAUGUGAAUAACUAUGGUGCAAAGGACAAGCAAAAGACACAGCCUAGUGUUGUCAAAGUACCUGGGAAUCCUGACUUCAUUUCAUUCAAGAACAGUUUACAAGAAUGUUGCCAGAAGCAGCAGUUACCAGUCCCUUCCUACACAACUUGGAAAAAUAGCUUUGGUUACUCAGGAAAAGUUGAGGUUGCAAACAGUACUUUCAAAAGUACUGGUGUUCAAGGAGAGCGUAAGGAGGCCGAGCAAGGGGCUGCAUAUUCUGCUUUAAUGGCUCUGGGCCUAAUUGAUGCCUCUGUCAAGUUUGAUGUUAAAACUGCUGCAGUCAUCAAGCGGCCUGCCGUAGACAACAGCAUUGUGCUUGAUCCAGCUGGAAAGAGAUUAAAACUUGAGGCAACUUCCACUGUGGCUACUUCCUACAAGAGCAGACUGAAUGAAUUUUGCCAAAAGUUUCGUCUUUCAAUUCCAUCUUAUGACACUGAUAAAGUGGAAAACGGAAAGGGCUUCCUUACCACUGUCGUUUUCAACAAAAAAGUUUAUAAAAGCAAUGGACCACAGCCCACAAAAAAACAAUCGGAACAGAAUGCUGCACAAGUUGUUUUACACUUUCUGAACCAGUGUCCUCCUCCGGCACCCAGUUAUCAGGAUUAUAUGGAACAAUGCAAGAAGCUCACCUCAGGACAGGAUCAACUUUCAGAAUCCAUUGCUACAGAGGCAUCUACCACUGCAGUUACUACUACAAUAAACGCAGCAGUAGUGCAACCGAUCUCUACAUCCACAGCGCCCAACCCUUUCGUACCUACAGACCAGAACAAUUCCGACCCUACAGCCUCAGAGACUCUUAAUGCAGACGUAGCCAAACCAACCAUUACUUUCACGUCGCACAAAAACAAACUGCAAGAAUACUGCCAGAAGUCCAAGAUAGAACUACCUGUUUACUCCUGUCAAAGGGAAAAUGGCGUCUUUACUUGUACGGUUCAUGUCGCUGGACGAUCGUUUUCCAGUAACGGCUGUAACACUAAGAAAGGCUCAGAGCAGACUGCGGCCAACAUAGCGCUGAAAGCUUUGGGACUUAUUUAACACGGUUUGUACGCAGUUUUGACACAUUUCUAUUGCGGGCGUAGUCGAGGUUUGGGCACAGGAAUGCACAAGGUAUGAAAAAUAAUUUAAGACCAUGAUGGAAAUUUAUUUUAUAUCCAUUACCUUGGUGUCAAUGGGACGCAAGAGACGUUGGUCAGGUUUUUACCUCCAUGGAGUGUUCGGCUAAGAAAAGUCUAUGAAAUGACAAGCGCUUUGUUCGGGCGACAUGUUGGACAGAGCGGGUGCCCCCUGCAGGAGUCUUCCAAGGACUUUCGGCACAGCACCCGGAGCGAUGUCGGGUUCGCUCGGGUUUACGGUCGGUAACCAACAUGGUGCCCGAACGAGAUGUUAUCAUCGCAUUAAGUAUUAGUUUGUCGUUAUUUGCAACGUCGAACCUUAACUAAUGACUCAGUUUCUUGUAGAAUUUUAUUUGAUUAGACAGAAGCACUCGUGAUUGAACGUUUGCGAGACUAUGAUCGGACUCAUUAGCAUUUUAAUGAGAAACUCUCAUUAAACGAACUGGAUUAAAAACUAGGCUGCCACAGUUACAUCUGUCGUGUUGUACUAUGUGACGGAAUACAUAAGGAGAAACUGUUAUACAACAUUAUUUUACUGGUUAUAGUUUUUUUUUUAUUCACUUUGUCUUUGAAAUUAUAACACCUGGGACGGUCAACUGUAAGGUACCAGAAAGAUUCUUCUUGUCCUACAACAUGUUGUUUUAGCCGUCGCGCUAAAAAAUUUAAGGGUUUUACAACAUCGUCGACAGAUAUCUUGACUUGCCUAAAAUAUUCUCUUAUCGUUCGUUUCGUGAAACUAAUGUCAGAAUCGGGUGUUUAAAGGCUUUUAAAUUGUCUCAAAGUUAAAUGUAUGAAAAGGAAAAUCAAAUGAAGUAGUUUUCUAGAGGAAUCGGCGAAGCUAGACCUACGUUUUGGUCGAGAGUUGUAACCAUACUAGUUGUUGUAAAUAAAUGCGUUAAGUGUUUGAAAGUGUAGCGGUUGACCUCGCGAGUGACUUCGGAUCUGGGAGCUUUGUG